AUGUUUUUUCCGGGUGGAACUGUUGCUUCAAGUGCACUCCGGGUGGAACUGUUGCUUCAAGUGCACUCCGGGUGGAACUGUUGCUUCAAGUGCACUCUCAGUGGAACUGUUGCUUCAAGUGCACUCUGGGUGGAACUAUUGCUUCAAGUGCACUCUGGGUGGAACUAUUGCUUCAAGUGCACUCUGGGUGGAACUAUUGCUUCAAGUGCACUCCGGGUGGAACUAUUGCUUCAAGUGCACUCCGGGUGGAACUAUUGCUUCAAGUGCACUCCGGGUGGAACUAUUGCUUCAAGUGCACUCCGGGUGGAACUAUUGCUUCAAGUGCACUCCGGGUGGAACUAUUACUUCAAGUGCACUCCGGGUGGAACUAUUGCUUCAAGUGCACUCCGGGUGGAACUAUUGCAUCACGUGCACUCCGGGUGGAACUAUUGCUUCAAGUGCACUCCGGGUGGAACUAUCGCUUCAAGUGCACUUCGGGUGGAACUAUCGCUUCAAGUGCACUCCGGGUGGAACUAUCGCUUCAAGUGCACUCUGGGUGGAACUAUUGCUUCAAGUGCACUCCGGGUGGAACUAUUGCUUCAAGUGCACUCCGGGUGGAACUAUUGCUUCAAGUGCACUCCAAAUUAUUAG